AUGGGUGGCUCACCUCCUUGCGGCGAUUCGGUCCGGUCAGUAAAGGACCAUCGACGGCAGGCAAUAACCUCGAAGAAAUGGCCAUCAAAACCAGAGAAUGAUUCCUCGAUCACUUUCUCACCUGACGAUGCCAUCGGCGUCCCCCUACCUCAUAACGACCCCCUACUCGUCGAAGUAGGAAUCGCGAAGUGUGACGUCGCUAAAGUUCUGAUCGAUACUGGCAGUUCGGUCGCUCUGAUCUUUCGAGAUACGCUCGAUAAGAUGGGAGUUGACUUGCGUGACAUGAAACCGUCAUCCCGCUCCCUCACGGGAUUCAACGGAGCUUCCGAGAUGAUGAGCAAGACAAUCAAACUCCCAGUCUAUGCAUGCGGUGUGACACGCACAUACAAGUUAUCCGUCAUCCUAACAAAGGCUCCUUAUAACACGAUCCUCGGGACCCCCUGGUUACAUUUGGUCAAGGAAGUAUCCUCGACGUACCAUCAGUGCGUGAAGUUUCCAGGACUGAACGGCCAGGUGCAGACACUUCGCAGAGACCAGCAGGCUGCUCGUGAUCUACUAAUUGCAACGGUGAAGAUGCAACAAUCGACUCCGUGCAUCAAUGCAGUAGCAAAGCAAAUCCAACCUCAACAAGACGAGAUCCUAAAAGUCGCGAUAGACGACUCCGACGAAAGCAAAGCAGUCCGAGUCGGCGCCUUCCUCUCCGAAGAGAUGCAACAGGCAAUCGUCGACUUCCUGAGGAAGAACGAGUCAACAUUCGCUUUGACGACAUCGGAUAUGAAAGGAAUAAAUCCCGCCAUCACGUCCCACGAGUUGAAUGUCGAUCCAACCAACAAGCCUAUCCGCCAGAAGAUACGCAAGCUCGGCAACGACCGAAGCAAAGCUGUCAACAAAGAAGUCGAGUGA